CACAACACAGAAAAUAUUCAAAUAAAAUGAUUGGGCAUGUGUUUUAUGUAUGUGAGGGUGCUUCUGUUUCCCCAUUCCCACUUAAUCCUCUCCCAUCCCCCUUCACUCAGCUCCGCACUAUCCUCUGUGCAUCUGAAUGAUUCUGUCACGGGGGUCUCUCUCCUCGCGCCCCAUCGCCUCAUUUCUCUUCAUAGAUGAUUAUUCUGCUGGAGGAGAAACAUUUGAUUUGUCUCGAGCUCCAUCGCGAUCGAGUGUUUAUGGGGGAUUUUGAUCAGAGAGGCUGAAACUGAGCAACUUAACAUGCUGGCACUUGUUCAGUCUGUAUUUGACAUGCAGAUGCGCUGAAUGAUGAAACUGGAUUGAGCUCUGAAUCAUUUGACCAUGGCAUGACACUGAUGAUGUCUGGAAUAAAAGCGAUACAUUGGAAGUGACGCGACGUUUGGCCGUCGGUGAGCAGCUGCGACGCGAUGUUUGCUGUUACAGUGUCUCAGCUGAGCACUGAUAAAUAAAUAAUGCUACUGGAUCAGCUGCGAAACUAUCAGAGGAACACUGUUAAACUUCAGUACAGGAAUAUACAGAACAAAUACAAAUACAGAUCUCACUGACUGCACCAGUUCCUUCGGUUUGAAUACUGGACGUAAAUCUCAGAUGACUGGGAUGUUUUGAACUGGCCUCAGCAGACUAGAGGAUCCUGCAGGAUAAGCAUCCACAUGCUACUGAGAGGAACAGAGACACGGGAGGAUGUCAACAGAGGCAGAACUUCAAGCCCACGUCAAAGUCAGUGUCAAGAAGGAGUCCAGAAGACGAGGUCACUUCAGAGGUCGGGAUCGCAGCGAGCAGGCCCUGAUUCAGCACUUCAGGGGCGACGGCGUCCGGUACAAGGCCAAGCUGAUUGGGAUUGAUGACGUGACGGCCACACGCGGAGACAAACUGUGUCAGGACUCCAUGAUGAAGCUGAAGGGCAUUGCUGCUUCAGCCCGCUCGAAGGGGAACCACAAACAGAGAAUCUUCUUGACUGUGUCUUUUGGUGGAAUCAAGAUUUAUGAUGAGAGAUCAGGGGUCUUACAGCACCACCACUCUGUUCAUGAAAUCUCCUACAUUGCCAAAGACACAAGGGACCAUCGCGCCUUCGGCUACGUGUGCGGGAAAAAAGGCAACCACAAAUUUGUGGCAAUCAAGACCAGCCAUUCGGCAGAGCCAGUUAUACUGGACCUGCAUGACCUUUUCACCCUCGUCUAUGACAUCAAAAAGAGGGAGGAGUCACAGGAAAAGGCUCAGAAGGACAAGCACUGUGAACAAGCCAUCUAUCAGACGAUUCUGGAAGAUGAAACUGACGAUCCGGUGUAUCAGUACAUUGUGUUUGAAGCCGGACACGAGCCCCUCCGUUUCCACCAAUCAGAGGAGACCGUUUACCAGGUCCCCACAAGUCAUCAGAAAGACGGGAUCUAUGACGUUCCAAAACACCAUCUUAUGACUAAUAUAAACCAGUUUGAUAUUUUUGGUGACAUGGCGACCCCCCCAGACAUCCUUUCUAUGCCAGCGUCACCAGCUACUGCACUGGAUCCUGGAAGAAGGCGACGUCAGAACCGCCCAGAACUCUUCACCCAUUUUAGCCCACCGGCUGUGCCCUCAGGUUAUAUGACCAUGGGUGCUAUCCAGGCUGCUCACUGGACCCAACAGUCGCUUGCUACCCAGGCUGCUCCAAUGGCUUUUGGGGUUCAGGGACCAUUGCAGGUGGCCCAGAUGCUUCCUGGAGGUCAGCCUGUGAUCUGGGGUCAGGCUAACCUCUUCCACUCUCCAGCCACGGGCCAGCAGCAAUGGGCCUUCGUACCAGCCCAGACAGUUGGCAUGGGGGCGCAUCCGAUUCCAGCCGCAGUGCUGCAGGGUAUGGUCCCCAUAGCUGCCAUGCGCCCCCACUCCUGUGAACCUCCUGAGACUUCAUCAAACAUUAUAAGUCCUCAGCACUUAGUAGACUCUACCGUACGGCAAAGUGGAUCUAAGCAUGCCUUAAACAAGGACCCCCAGGAGGAAGCAAUAGUUAUUCAAAUUAGCACAGACAAACAUGACGCCGCACAGUCCUCUGGGAAACAGGAAAUGGACUGCUGUGGUGAGCUUGAUCUUUCACAGUUGAGAUUGACUUCAGAGUCAUCAAUAUCACCAUCCCCAACUGAUUCUUAUUCUACUCCUGGUCUGGAGCAGGAAACCAUGUCCCCAGCAGCUGCCUCCUCAAUAGAGUCAUCGCUCCUGACUGCAAAAGACAGUUUAGUCAAUAUGCCACAAGUUUUGAAGGCUUGUGCUCAAACUCUUAGCACUGAUAAGAUAUCACCAGAUGCUCAGAUAAACCUUCAAGGCUCUUCACAGCUGGAUAUCCAAAGAGAGAUGUCUUCUGGGAAGAAUGUCUAAACAUACAGAAGAGCACUGAGAAAAUCCAGAAAUCACAGUGAUACAGCUGGGACUUAAUUUUGUGUGAGCUCUGUGGGACAUUUGACAAAUACUAAUAACUGAUAGAAAGUAAAAUCUAUUUUAAUAAAGGAAGUGCACCUUUAGUUUGCGAUGGACUUGAACAUUGGCUGUCUACCAGUAGCCACUAACUAUUCUGAACUACUUCAGAAAUGAAAUAUUUUUUUGUAAAAUAAUAAAAUGUCACAAUAUGAGAAAUUGGACCAGUGAAAUCAAAGUUUAACUGUGAUGGUCAUUUGAUGGACUUGGGGAUUGAUUUCUGUUGUCAUUUCUAAUGCACAAAAUUACCUGAGAAGCUGUGUAGUUGCAUUCUACAUCUGGAGAAGCCAAAAACAUUGAUUAAAAUCAUGUUGUUUUGCUUUUUCUUGGAAGGAAUUGUAUUGGAUGUUGAUAUUGUGAUAAGCCUUUUCUUAAAGAAGAAGAAGGAAAAAAAACCUUCAAUGACCAUCUGCAUGGCUUUGUUUUUUUUUUUUUUUUGAAAAGCAACUUUUAGAUUUUAUACAAUGACAUAUUAUUUAAAAAGGAACAUUUUUAAAUAAUGUUCAAAUAAUGUGUGUAUUAUGAUACUGUCAAUGUUUUUGAAUGACAAAAUGUAUUUGUUGAAUUUUAAAUCUCUGUUCUAGAGCUUAUGUUAUAAUAUUUGCUUCACAGUGUUGCAAGCUCAGUGCAGCUCAUAAGCAAUACUGUAAACUGUACCUUUUCAGGUUUGAUGUUUAAUAAUUAUUUUUGCCUCAUUAUUUGUGAAUCUUUCAGAAUAGAAGGUCCAUACCAAGGGCUACAACGUUCACUCGAUCAAGAAGUGUUGUAGACAAAGUGUUGUUUGUAU